AUGGAGUCAACACCAGCCGCCGAGCCCAUCUUCGACGAGGCCAAAUACCGGCAUGACGUCCUCGGCGUGACCUCGGCGGAAUCAGAGCAGGCGCGGGCGCAGCAGCUAGCCGAGGAGGCGCGACAACUGGGUUUGAGGGUGCCGGGGAUCGCGGCAGCCAGUGGCGCACCCGCCCCGACCACCUCGGGAAUGGCUGAUUUUUCUUCGCCCGUGCUGUCGUCCGGAUCAUCGACCGAUCGCAAUUCUGUCUGCGAUGGGUCGAUCACCCCGUCCUACGAGCCCUUGUCGCCGUCGCAGCUGGAUCAGGUCGCUACGUCGAUGUCGGAAAUCACUAUCGCCUCGGCCCGAGUCAAGCCCGGGAGUAUGCGGUCACUGGCCUCGUGGUCCGGCCGUCCCACCUCGUACUGUUCAAGUGAGGGGAGACCUAUAGUGAAUGGAAUUGGAAUCCACCAUGACGGGCUGGCGGCGACCAAGUGGGCAGACCGGCGUUCGAUGCUGAGCAUCGCCUCAAGUGACCAGAAGGAAAAGCGAAAGAGCAGCUUGAGAUCUGCCCUUGAACGACUCCCUUUCGGCAGGAAACGCACGUCUCCAGGUCUCAUUGCACCGUCAGAUUCACGCAUCGCAGUGUCUCGGGACAAUGAAGGCGUGGAUCGCGUGUACCUGGAGCCUAGUCCAGACCUGAAUGGCGUUCCCGCGGAGAAUCGCGGUUUCGGCAGCACUGUGGAUUCGCUCCCCCGGCUGGAGGUCCCUACUUUCGAUCAGCAGGCGUUGCAACGGAGCCGGGACGACCCCGAGCUAAGUGAGAUGGUUGAGCGGCACCAAAUGGAAAGAGACCGGCAUAUCGCGUUCCAGAAUGCCGCCCUGAGCAUCCUUCGGCGCCGGCAGGAGCCCGCUAUCCCCGAGCGGCAAUCAGAGUACCGGCGCCAGGAGGAUGAGAAACAAGAAAAGAACAUAACCGCCGCUGCGCGACUAGAAGAAAGGCAAUUAGCGAUUGAAAUCGAGCAGCAACGCGAAUUCGAGCGCGCCAAAGUGAACUCAAGCAUCCGGAUCAAGCAUAUGGAAGGAUAUUUCCGCAACGCAAGCCCGCCGCCCGCUAUCGAAACAUUAGCAGCAUUCGGCGAACGCUCAGACUCGUUUUCGGAGUCUGACACCACCACCCCUCCGCCACGUCGCUUCACGCGCCAAGAUCAAGAGCAGUUGGAACAGCAAUACCUUAACCACGAGUCCAUGGAUCAGCUACACGAGGCUCGCAUCAAGGUUCUUCGUGAACGUCAAGAACUAAGGCUGCAGGAAACCAUUCUGCGCAUGGACCAGGAGCUGGAAAAUAUGUGUGACCGACACACCCGAGAUAUCGAAGCUCUUCGAUCGGAGCAUCAGCGCGAAGAGUCUUCUCUCGUGCAAGCGCUCGACACAAAGAAAACAGCCUUGCAACAUCGCUGGCAUCUGGAAGAGAUGAUUCUGCGCCGGCAGCAUGAAUUGCAGUAUGGGAGGUCGUAUGGCCCGCUGCCGCCGGUGUCGUUCACAAACACAACUAAUACCAGGGACUCGGCCAUCUGUGUCCCUCGGACCCCUUCUUCCCUUCGGCCUCGGAGUGCUAAUAAUGCCCAUGAUAGAGGCGACGGUACGCCUUUCUAG